UUUCUCUCGCGAGAUCUGACAACACUGCGCGUGAACUGAGCGGGACCAAGAAAAACAAAAUGGCGUUUGGUACGAAAAGACGUUAUUGUGGUUUAUUAUAUUGAUUUUUUUCAUAAACUCCACGUACACGUACACAUAUGUGUUUUUAUAGAGUAAACGUCGUUAAUAAUUGUUUGGUUCUGGAGACUUUAGUUCAAGCGCACCUCGUUGCUGCCCGUACUAGCUUAGCUCGGUAGUUAGCUUAGCUUGUUAGCUGCUAACAAAGACAGGCGGAAGUGAUCUAAACACAUCGUUAAGCAGAGAUCAAGUGUGAGUGUAAAGUGUUGUGAUUGUGUGAAAAUGUGCGAAAGAACGACAGCAGAGUACGAGGAGGAACUUUGUCCAACAAAAGCGACAACAUUGUCUAUUUUUUUGGCGCGCUAACUAGCUUAGCAUGCUAGUUAGCUUAGCUUGUCAGCUGCUAACAAAGCGAGGCGGAAGUGAUCUAAACACAUCGCUUAGUUAAGAUCAAGUGUGAGUGUAAAGUGUUGUGAUUGUGUGAAAAUGCGAAAGAACGACUGCAGAGUACGAGGAGGAACUUUGUCCAACAAAAGCGACAACGUCGUCUAGUUUUUUUUAGCGCGCUAACUAGCUUACCUUGUUAGCUGCUAACAAAGAGAGGCGGAAGUGAUCUAAAUACAUGGCUUAGUUAAGAUCAAGUGUGAGUGUAAAUUGUUGUGUGAAAAUGUGCGAAAGAACAAUGGCAGAGUACAAAGAGGAACUUUCUGGAACCAAACUACUGGACGCUGUUGCCAAGAAACAUCAAGUUGUGUCACACAGAACAGACGUCUGGGAAGAAUAUGGUCUCCCUGAGCAGCAAGGGCGGCGCUUCAGGAUGGAGCAGGAGGGGCCACAGCCCUCCCGCUUUAAAGAGAGCCCGCUGACCCCCCACGUUAAAGAAGAAGAGGAGGCACCGCAGCCCCCUCCCAUUAAAGACGAAGAGGAGGAACACAGCAUCAGUCAGGAGUUCCCAGUGAUUGUUGUCACUCAACUUGUUGAGCAUCUUGAAGGACUGGAGGAGGUUGAUGUCACCAAGAUGCCAGUGACUGGUGUCCCUGUGACGAGUGAGGAUGACGAUGAGCAUCUUCCUGAGCAGCAGAAGUGGAGCUUCAGGAUGGCGACGGAGGUGCCACAUCCCUCCCACAUUAAGGAGGAAGAUGCGGCGCUACAGACCCUGCACAUUAAAAAGGAAGAGGAGGAACACAGCACAGUGACUGGUGUCCCUGUGACGAGUGAGGAGGACGAUGAGCAUCUUCCUGAGCAGCAGAAGUGGAGCUUCAGGAUGGCGACGGAGGUGCCACAUCCCUCCCACAUUAAGGAGGAAGAUGCGGCGCUACAGACCCUGCACAUUAAAAAGGAAGAGGAGGAACACAGCACAGUGACUGGUGUCCCUGUGACGAGGGAGGAGGACGAUGAGCAUCUUCCUGAGCAGCAGAAGUGGAGCUUCAGGAUGGCAACGAAGGAGCCACAUCCCUCCCACAUUAAGGAGGAAGAUGCGGCGCUACAGACCUUGCGCAUUAAAAAGGAAGAGGAGGAACACAGCACAGUGACUGGUGUCCCUGUGACGAGUGAGGAUGAUGAUGAGCAUCUUCCUGAGCAGCAGAAGUGGAGCUUCAGGAUGGCGACGGAGGUGCCACAUCCCUCCCACAUUAAGGAGGAAGAUGCGGCGCUACAGACCCUGCACAUUAAAAAGGAAGAGGAGGAACACAGCACAGUGACUGGUGUCCCUGUGACGAGUGAGGAUGAUGAUGAGCAUCUUCCUGAGCAGCAGAAGUGGAGCUUCCGGAUGGCGACGGAGGUGCCACAUCCCUCCCACAUUAAGGAGGAAGAUGCGGCGCUACAGACCCUGCACAUUAAAAAGGAAGAGGAGGAACACAGCACAGUGACUGGUGUCCCUGUGACGAGUGAGGAUGAUGAUGAGCAUCUUCCUGAGCAGCAGAAGUGGAGCUUCAGGAUGGCAACGAAGGAGCCACAUCCCUCCCACAUUAAGGAGGAAGAUGCGGCGCUACAGACCUUGCGCAUUAAAAAGGAAGAGGAGGAACACAGCACAGUGACUGGUGUCCCUGUGACGAGUGAGGAUGAUGAUGAGCACCUUCCUGAGCAGCAGAAGUGGAGCUUCAGGAUGGCGACGGAGGUGCCACAUCCCUCCCACAUUAAGGAGGAAGAUGCGGCGCUACAGACCCUGCACAUUAAAAAGGAAGAGGAGGAACACAGCACAGUGACUGGUGUCCCUGUGACGAGUGAAGGUGAUGGGGUCAAAAGUGAAAGUGAGGGGAAGAGAGAGGCGGGUGAUGAAGACUCUAAAGAUGACAAAGCACGCUUCAAAUGUUCUCACUGCGACAAAACCUUCAGGUUCCGUUGCGCUCUAACAACGCACGUGCGAAAACACACCGGAGAAAGACCAUUCGUGUGCUCAGUUUGCAGCGGGAGAUUCUCUACCAAGUCCAAUUUGGAAAAGCACAAAACGGUACACACCGGGGAAAAACCUUUCAUCUGUUCAGUCUGCUUUAAGGGUUUCAGACUGAGACAGGACUGGAAAGCCCACAUGAGAACACACACAGGCGAGAAAGCCUUCAGUUGCAGUGUUUGUGGUGAAAGAUUCUCUUCCAAGUACCAGUGGAAGAAACACAAGUGUGCUGGUGAGAACUGCGGCAGUCAGGGGGGCACCGGGACUCAGACGUGCCAGCCCACCCAGGGUUGCUGGUUCGUAACAGGCUUCCAUCAUCCGAGUCCCAGUGUCCAGACUUUGUACGCAACCGCUGGGCCCCCUGGUGCUCUCGGUGUCGGGGGUCAACUCCUACUCUUGCCGGUGAAACAAAAAGCUCCGGUCCACGAGGAGGACCUGAUGUUUUUAAUUUGCUCAACAGCAUCAGUGUUAGAGUAAUUGUUUCUAAGUCAUCACAAAAAACUAUGUGUUACAUUAAAGGGGAACAUUAUCACGAUUUCAAAAGGGUUGAAAACAAUAAAAAUCAGUUCCUAGUA